UUUUUUUAAAGCUCUGAGCUCUGAACAGUUUAUUCACGCUGCACAGGGAGAGUACGUGCGGUCAUGCACAGAGCAGGAUGAUGCUGGUACAGGCAGUGGACCAGUUACUCAAGUGUGUGUGUGUGUGUGUGACGCAAAGAUGCUGCUGCCUUUGACAAAUUUGCUGUCUGUGACACAGGAAGAGAGUGAGGUGUGACAGGAAGAGAAAAAACCCAGAGAGAGGCUGAAAAGGCGGCUGUGGUGCAUAUGCACUCAGAUAUGCUGUAAGAGCAAUAAAACAAAAGAAAAAUGUGAGCAGUGGGGUGAGUGAAUACACACGUCUGUACAAGAGACAUGGAUCUAAGGGGUGAUAUCAAAAUCGGCAUUUAAAGUCUAAUAAACGUAUCAUCACAUGAACACGUACAGUAUAUACACUGGGAUGGAGAGGACCUCUCAAAUUCCUUGGCAGGACGACUGCUACAUGGUUCUUAAAUCCACUCCGAAAUCAGGAAAUCGCAAGAAGAUGGAAGAUGCUGGUUGGUUGCGUAAGAAUCAAAAGUCAUUGCAGCGCUUCAUUACUGACCCGUUACUGGUGGACGUGGUCAACCACAUGAGGAAACUGGAUGAGCUGAGUGCGGAAGGGGCGGGGAUUAUCAAGGAGGCAGGAUCUUUGGAGGAUAAAGUGCAUGCAUUGGUUGAGCUGCUGUUCAGAGAGGAUACGCAGGGCACCGCCCUCCAAUCAUACCUGCAAAACUCGUAUCCGGAUGUGUACAACCUCAUAACACUGCAUGACUCUAUUGUUCAGCAACAUAAAGACAAACUCCUCCAGCAAGUCAAAGAUGACAAUGAGAUUCUAUCCCACCAAGCACCCAAUCAAACCCCUGACCCUGACCUAUUACUGGUUGAUGGAGUGUCUGACCUGCAACAAAGAGAGCAUGAUCUCAUUCAAGUGUCAGUCAACAGAGGGGUAGGACCUUUGCACAGUCGUCCCCUGGGACUGGACAAAAUUUUUGCUCCGCUGACGAGGGUAAGCACAGCCCCUCGGGUCACACUGACCGUAGGUGUGGCUGGCAGUGGGAAAACCCGCUUGGUCCGCAAAUUCAUCCAUCAGUGGAGUUCUGGGAAGAUAUUCCCAGAGUUGAGCUUGGCGAUUCCUGUUGUCUGUUGGGAAUUGAGCAGUCUCGAACGGUUGUCACUUGAGAGGCUGCUUCGUUUGAUUGUUCCAUAUGAUAACGUUGAUGUGAUUCUGAACAGUCAUGUCUGUAAAGUGCUGUUGAUCUUCGAUGGGUUGGAAGAAUUCCGCUCCCCACUGGACUUCUCAGAGGCCCCGGCUGCCUCAGAUCCACGUCGGGAGCUUCCAGUAUCUGAUCUCAUCACGAACAUCAUCAGGGGCAACCUAUUACCAGGGGCAUCACUGUGGCUUUUGUCAAGACCUGGAGUCGGGUCAAAAGUACCUGCAGGAUUGGUGGAUCGUGUGACGGAAGUGCCACCAUUUUUGCAUGAGCAGAUUGAGAAUUACAUCAAAAAAGCACACUUGCCUGAGAACUUUUAUACACAAUUCCAGCAGUCCAUUCAGUCAGAUUGUCAAACGCAAACAUUCGAGGACAGGUCUUGCCAGGCAUGGGCUCACCUGAGAUCUCAGAAGCCCUUGCUCAUUCUUUGUUCAGUGCCUUGCAUUUGUCGUAUUGUUACAACCACCUUGUGCCACCUUGUAAGGAUGGACUUGGAAGAUAUACAUUUCCCACGGACUCUGACAGAGAUAUACGCCCUCUACUGUUGGCCACAACUCUCUUCCACAGAUUCAUCAGGCGGAAGCAUCCGGAAACCGCUAAGCACUCUUGGACGAUUGGCCUUUUACAGUCUGCUGCGUCAACGUCACACAUUUACUGAGACCGAAUUACGGACUUAUGGUGUCGACAUCCCACCAGCGCCAGGAUCGCUGGGACAUCGGAUCCUUCAACGUGAGCAGAGCUGGUCAUCUGACUCAGUGUCGUGGCGAUUUGUACACACUUCUGUGCAGGAGUCUCUUGGUGCACUCUUCUACUACGUGUCCUCACGGCGUGGAAUGUUUGAUCUGUUCUCCGAGAGCAGCGUUUCAUGGCCAAGAAUUGGCUUCCAAAACCAUUAUCGCGCUGCACUGCAGAAAACUAGCACCUCAACCAACGGCAAACUUGACCUCUUCAUGCGCUUCCUCUCUGGCCUUUUGUCCUCAGCGGCCGGAGCUCUGUUGGGAGGGGCUUUGGGAAUAAGCCGAGAAGAGCAGGUGACCCAGCGCACCAUGGCGAUGACUCUGCUUCAAAAUACAGUGUCAGGAUCGGGAGGCGAGGCGGUUAGCAUGCGUAGUGUUGCCACAGUUGCCUGCUUGGCAGAGUUACAGCAGGGGGAGUGGAUACGCUCUGUGGAGGAGGAUCUGACUAGCUGCAGGCUACAGGGGAAGCUUAAGGGUGGGGUUUGUGCAGUGCUGGCCUAUCUGCUGCAGGUGUCUGAGUCAUGUGCUAAUGAGACCCACCUCUCAAACUGCCUGGACUCAUCCUCUCUCAAGCAACUUCUCCCCCAGCUCCUGUACUGCAGCAAGUUGAGGAUGGAAAAUAACAAAUUUAAGGACGAUGCAAUGGAGCUCCUGGGAAGUUUACUAAGUGCAAAAGACUGUCAUAUUCAAUCCUUAAGUAUGGCAGACAGCUCGAUUAGCAGUAAAGGGAUCAAGCCACUGAGUCGAGCUCUUCUGGUCAAUCGGACUCUCACUGUAUUGGAUCUCCAUGGCAACAAUAUUGGCACCAAAGGAGCAAAGACAUUGGCUGAGGCACUGAAGUUGAACCAGGUUAUGAUGUCAGUCAAUCUUCAAAGUAACCAGAUAGAGGAUGAGGGAGCUCGGGCACUCGCCGAGGUUUUGCAGUCAAACAGGAAACUCAGCACACUAAAUGUUCAGAAGAACAGUAUCGGCCCCGAAGGGGUGAAGAGGAUCGCAGAAGCACUGAAAAAGAACCAGAUUUUACAAGACCUCAAUGUAUCUGGCAAUCACAUGGGAGAUCUGGGUGCGCUAGCAUUGGCUCAAGCCCUUGUAAUCAACCAUACACUCCAAACUCUCAGCCUCCGGAGUAACUCUGUUAGUGACAUGGGUAUGAAAGCUCUGACUCAGGCUCUGCGCUUCAACAAAGGCCUCACUAAACUCAACCUCAGGGAGAACUCCAUCGGAGUUGAAGGUGCUCGAGCCAUCGCCCGAGCAUUACAAGAGAACCACACGCUCAGGGAACUUGAUCACUGCUACUACAACGCCCCCUGCUGGUGACGCUUUAUUACAUUUCUACACUCAGCUACACUGAUCAGGCAUAACCUUAUGACCACCUGCCUAAUAUCGAGUUGCUCCCCCUUUUGCUGACCCGUCAAGGCAUGGACUCCACUAGAUCCCUGAAGGUGUGCUAUAGUAUCCUAGUACCAAGAUGUUAGCAGCAGAUCCUUUAACUUAACUUAAAGGAUCUGUACAAGACCUAAAGGACUUACAGGAGUUAAAGGAUACUUUUGAUAUAUACUGACUACUGCAGAAUGGGAACACCCCACAAGGCAUAACAUUAUGACCACUGACAGGUGCCGUGAAUAAGACUGAUGAUCUCCUCAUCAUGGCACCUGUUAGUGGGUGGGAUAUAUUAGGCAGCAAGUCAACAUUUUGUCCUCAAAUUUGAUGUGUUAGAAGCAGGAAAAAUGGGCAAGUGUAAGGAUUUGAGCUUUGAGUUUGACGAAGGGCCAAAUUGUGAUGGCUAGACCACUGGAUCAGAGCAUCUCCAAAACUGCAGCUCUUGUGGGGUGUUCCCGGUCUGCAGUGGUCAGUAUCUAUCAAAAGCGGUCCAAGGAAGGAACAGUGGUGAACCGGCGACAGGGUCAUGGGCGGUCAAGACUUAUUGAUGUACAGUAUGUGGGGAGUGAAGGCUGGGCCGUGUGAUCCGAUCCAACAGACGAGCUACUGUUGCUCAAAUUGCUGAAGAAGUUAAUGCUGGUUCUGAUAGAAGGUGCCAGAAUACACAGUGCAGGACGGGUCAGUGCAGCAAAAGGGGGACCAACACAAUAUUAGGCAGGUGGUCAUAAUGUUAUGCCUGAUCAGUGUAUAUUAAAAAGAGGAAUAUAAUAUAAUAUAAUUGUCAGGCUUUUGUU